AGAGAGUCAAUAAGGGAACAAAUGCUGACACGACAGGAUCCAUACACCCUAUAGUCCGCAAACGCUGGUAUUAAUAUUCGUUUAAAAUAUCUGCUGGCCUGCAGAGUAGCAUUUAUAGGCACAACAUGGCGAGGAGCACUGAACAGUCCUGCUGCUUCCAUGUCGUGGUCAUUGUCGCUAUGAUGUCAGUGGCAUACGCGACAAACGCCGUCAAGGAUGACGAGCGUCUCGUGGUGAAGACCUCGACAGCUACGUUCCACGGCAAACGAAUAGAAGUCAACCCUUAUCUCCUGCCCGACUUCCACGGCAGCGCAGCGGCAUACACCCGAAUUCCCUACACCGAGCCGCCCUUGGGCGAGUUACGGUUCCGACGACCAGUUCCCAAGGUCAUCGAAGGCGACUUCGACGCAACGAGGACAUCAGUGGCAUGUCCACAGGCUUUACAACCACUUUUCAAAAUAGACAUGGAUAUGUCAGAAGAUUGUCUUACUCUUGAUGUGUUUGUUCCCGAGCCCAAGCCACUCUCUGCUGCUGUUAUGGUAUGGAUACACGGAGGUGGAUACGUAGUAGGUGCAGGGUCCAUCCCAGAGGCACUACCCGUACCCCUGGCCGUUAUGAAUGACGUCAUAGUGGUCACAAUAAACUACCGUCUCAAUAUUCUGGGCUUCAUCGUUCUUGGAGAGGAAGAUGUGAGUGAAGCUAACGUAGGAAUGCUGGAUCAGCGGCAGGCCUUGGUUUGGGUUCAGGAAAAUAUCGCAGCGUUCGGUGGAGACCCAAGCAGAGUGACGAUCUUCGGGGAGAGCGCCGGCGGGAUGAGUGUGAGCCUUCAUGUCCUCUCACCCAUGAGUAAAGGUCUCUUUUCAGGAGCUAUUUUGCAGAGCGGUGCCGUGACAUCACAGUGGUCUUACGGAACGCUGGCAGAAGGUGAAGAAACUGCUUUCGUGUACGGCCGCGCCCUGAACUGCAGUCAAAAUACUCACAGGGAACUUGCUGAAUGUCUACGUGGGAUACCAGCUGAUGAUAUUGUGUCAUACCUCGCCUCGAAUCCUCCAGAAGCGUACACACACGCCAUACGUCCAUUCGUCGACGGUGAAUUCAUACCACGUGAUCCCAAGGAGAUGUACGCCGCAGGAGAGGUGAACGAAGUGUCCAUUAUGAUCGGAUGCCUAUCAGAAGAAGGAACCAUGAUUAUAAUACCCCCCGACGCGAGUCUGGAGAGUUCCGACCGACCGGUCCUCGAUAAGACCAACUACGAUGGACUUCUUCCGGUCUUUAUAAGGAACGUAGAUGAACUGGUCAAAGACACGGCCGCAUUGGUUUACAUGUCUCCUGAAGAGAUGAUGAAAGCGGAACCGGAGUACACUGACGUCAUCGUCGACUGCAUGGGAGACUUCUUCUUUCUUUGCCCGAGUUUCGAGGCGGCCGACCAUCUCUCGGCCGCUGGUCUGCCCACUUACAAGUACAUCAUGUCGCACCGCCCCUCCGUCUCGAUAUGGGGUAAGGGGAUGACGUGGCUAGGAGCAACUCAUGGUGAAGACAUCGCUUAUACUUUCGGAGCUCCUUUUUUGCUAGACAUCCUCGACCCGGACCAGAGUUAUUUACUAACCGGUCUCUUCAAUGAGGAAGAAGUGGAACUGGCGGUGCAGGUCAUGAGGUACUGGUCCAACUUUGCAAAGACAGGGAAUCCAAAUAUCCAGUCCAAAGAUGGUGAACCAGAGUCCAGAUAUCCCUUAUGGGAAGCCUAUUCUAAGGACAACAAAACCUACAAAGAUCUGUCUGUGACCCUUGAGAAUCGUGUGGGAUAUCCCAACCCUCAAAGUUGUAUGUUCCAGAAGGAUCUUCUUCCAAAGCUCCAAGCAAAUGCAGCUGAAAUGGCCCGACUGAAAUCCCUCUUGGAAGAAAAGGUGAUGGCUGACACUGAGAAGACAUGCGUAGAUCCUGAAUCUUGCCCAGAACAGUAAAUGAUUUAGUGGAACACAUCUCUUGUCACAGAGAUUAGUGGAUUGCUCACUGAUCCACAUCAUCAUUCUUAAUAGAGAACGGAAGUGCUAACGUCAUAUCCACUCGUCACCCAGGUUACUGGUUCUAAUCAAAAGAGCCCGCGCAUGAGGUUCAUCUCGAAAUCAUUCAAGCAACGGGCUAGAGCAGGGCAAAUUCAGUGUUUUGGCGCUGGUGUGACCGCCACACCAUUGCUUAGCACAAAAUUAGCAACCAUGACAACUUAACCAGUAUAACGUCACACUUCGGUACUCUAUGGGUACCAAGUCCAAAUGUUUAAACACUGGUAACUAUUUUUGUAGUGAUAUAGUAAAGGGCCACCCUAACCAAACUAACAUAGCCUUUUAAAACAUGAAUACACCUCUACUUAUUAAUAUUCCAGCCUCUGAUUUUUCAGAAAAUCUCUGUAUUGACCAUAAAAUGAUAAUAACCAUCCAUUUUUCACAGUUCUCACGCUUGCUGGGCUACACCUCUCGAAAAAAGGGUAAUACGGUCACAUGGCCUUGAUGACGCAUUUGACGUCAUUGCGGGCAUGUCCGGUUUGUCCUACAAAUAAGGAUCUUACAAUCUCAUUGUAAUUCAUAAAUGAAACGUACUGGGAUUAUCAAGUGCAUAUUAUUUUUCGGAUAAAUGUCUUUUUC